AUAAGUUUCGGUCCUUUGUAUUCGCCGGCCUUUGACUUUCGACCCUGUUGAUAUGGACCGCGAUCACAUUCUGUUGACAGUUUCGAUCGUCAAAACUUGAUCCUCAAAUGACAUCACCUUCUCAAACGUUUAUUGGUUACACGUUGUUUACUGUAUGAUGUAACGUGACAGCGCGCGCGCAACACAGAGUUGUGCUCAACCGUUACCAACCACCAACGUCGCAGUAAGCGGCAUCACACUACAGAAGGAAGAUCGAGUUUUGUGGCGGUACCUGACAAACGUAUUAUAAAGUUCAGAAGUCAUGGCAAAUGUCGGAGCACCAGACGACUGGACUGAUGUGUUUGAGACCGAGAUCUGUGCAGAGUUCCAAGAGGAAUGGACCCUGACCGAGGUCAAUGACCUACCGGACAUCAACCAAGCUAGAUACUCUGGGUGGAAACAGUUCACUGACAAAGCCAAGGUGCGGUUUGCAUGCAGUGAGUGCAACAACACCUGGACAUCCACAAGGGGCCUGGUCAUCUUCCACUACCGCCUCAAGAUGACAGGUCAAGUGAAGAUGUACCUGCCAGGGCAGAAGUGUCACCACUGUGAGGAAGAUUUCGAGUCUCCUGACUGGUAUGAAGAAGAGAUGGUCAAGGUAAUGCAAAAUCUCCAAAAGAAGAUAGAUGAGAAGUACUACAGCAGGAAUAAUGGCCCCAAAAGGCUGAAUUUGGGUCAAAGAUCAGCAAACAUGAAAAGCAGUCAUCAGGCUGCUCUUUGUGAGGCAUGUCAGAAGGGCAUCUGUAGGCAGAGUGCAGAUCAGUACAGGCAUGUUCAGGAGGAUACAGAUGAUGACAGUAGUCAGACAGAUGAGGAAACAGAUGAGGAGUCAGGUGAUAACUGGGAUCAGGAAUCUAAGGAAUCAGAUGAUGGCUCUUAUUGGCAGAGGGAUUAUAGGGAUCCCUAUGAGGAAGAGUAUGAUGAUGAUGAUUCUUAUUGGGACUAAAGUGAUCCCAAUAGGAUUCAGAUGUCAUGAAAGUUCAUGUGUUGGUAGUUACAUGUUUAAGUUGAAACUUGUGUUCUAACACAAAGAAUUGUUCUGACUUAGAGCUUUCCACUGACCCAGUGAGACGUGUCAUGUGGCUUCUUGAAGUGUGAUGUAAACACUGGGUCAGCUAUCUGGUAAAUGAUGUCAGCCCCCGUCGCGGUUGAUUCAGAUGAAUCACUACAUGAUCAUGUACAUGUAUUAGCAAAAUUGUUAAGGGGCAUAUUUCAUGUAAAUUCAGAACACAAUGGUGUUGGCAAUCUCUACUGAGUCCCAAUUUUAGUGUCAUUGACAUAGGUCAACUUUAGAGUCUUAGGUAGACCUAAGAUAAACUUGUAAUGUAUUUUAUUUUGGCUUUGCAGACUUCCUGGUAAUUCUCUAAGAAUCUGCUGUAGUUUUAUAUCUAUGUAUAAUUCCAUUUUGUCAAAAUUUACUAGUGUACAGGGCUAGAACCCAUGAGGAAGUUUUAGGUGUGAUGUAACAUUACACCCCUCUUGCUCUGUCACCAGCAUAGUUGUUUUGAGUGAAAUUUAUAUCAUAUAAAUAAUCUCAAGAUAUGUCAUUUAAUCUUUUCUUGUAAUAAAAGAAACAUUCCUUCUGCCUAUAUAAGUUCUAAAGCCUAUAAAACAGCAUUAUUGGUCUUGUCCUUGCAGAUGUUUAACACAGAAUGUUAGGACAAAACUUUUAAUAUUCACAUGCAAGGAAGCUACAUGAAAAUAACUCAUGUAA